UUUAGAGUAUUUACCAGUGACUACAGCGAGAGUGGAAGACUUCUUUGUGGGAAAACCUUAUUUUAAAAAUUGUAGAGGUCUGUUGAGCUGAACUGACAGACAAGAAAUUGCACCUUCUUAAAUCAUCUGAAAGUGUCAUUCAGAGAGCCUGCCAGUGGAGACCAGAGCCCCAUUCUCAGCCUCAGAAGAAAGAAGCUGGGCGAACUUCCUUGACAGAGAAAGAACAGUUGCGUGCAAGCAGAGAGCGCGCCGGCGGCCCGAACCUCGGCGGCGGCAGCGGCGGCGGCGGCAGGAGCGGCGGCGGCGCUGACACCUCCCACCAUGGACAGCUUCGACUUAGCCCUGCUCCAGGAAUGGGACCUCGAGUCGCUGUGGGGUGAAGACAUCUUAAGCCAGAGGAACGAGCCCCUCGUUGUGGAGUUUCAGUCUUCAGCCAGCAGAUGCAGGAGUGUCUAUGAGCCUGAUAGAAAUGCCCUCCGGAGGAAAGAACGAGAAAGAAGAAACCAGGAGACCCAACAGGAUGUCAGCACAUUUGCUUCCAGUUAUUCUCUGUUCAGUGAGCCCUACAAGACCAACAAAGGGGAUGAGCUCUCCAACCGGAUCCAGAAUACUUUAGGCAAUUACGAUGAGAUGAAAGACUUUUUAACUGAUCGAUCCAAUCAGAGUCAUCUUGUUGGCGUCCCUAAACCUGGGGUUCCGCAAACGCCGGUAAACAAGAUCGAGGAGCAUUUUGUUCCAGAUUCAAGAGCCCAGACCCAGCCCUCCUCUGUUUGUAGCACCACAUCUUCCACGCCUGCAGCUGUCCCUGUGCCACAGAGCCGGAGGAGCACCAUGGGCUGGCAGAAGACAGGGCACCCGCCGCCCCCUGAUGGCCACCAGAGAUCAACACAACAGGGCUCUCUGAGGACCUUGCUUGGAGAUGGUGUUGGCAGACAGCAACCACGGAGCAAACAAGUGUGCAACGUAGAGGUGGGGCUGCAGACCCAGGAAAGGCCACCUGCCAUGGCAGCCAAGCACAGCAGUGGUGGGCACUGCGUUCAGAACUUUCCUUCGUCCCUGGCUUCAAAACCCAGCCUGGUCCAGCAGAAACCUACGGCGUAUGUGCGCCCCAUGGAUGGCCAGGAGCAGGCUCCUGAUGAAUCUCCUAAGCUGAAGUCCUCUACGGAAGUACUGUCCUUCAGGGGAGUCCCAGCCACCAAGGCAGAGUCGUCCAGAACCAAAACCAAGCUUUCCAAGUUCAUCUCCAAGCAGGCAGAGGAGAACAGAGCUGCAGAAAGCAACAGCUGUGUUGAAGAAAUAAUUCGGGAGAUGACCUGGCUUCCCCCACUUUCUGCUAUUCAAGCACCUGGCAAAGUGGAACAAAGCAAAUUUCCAUUUCCAAAUAAGGACUCUCAGCUUUUAUCUUCUGGACUCACCAAUCCAAAGAAAGGUGGUGCGGAGCCAGAGAGCCCAGACAAUGGCACGUCCAACACAUCAAUGCUAGAAGAUGACCUGAAGCUAAGCAGUGAUGAAGAGGAGAAUGAGCAGCAGGCAGCCCAGAGAACAGCUCUCCGCGCUCUGUCUGACAGCACCACGGUCCAACAGAGCAGCUGCAGAGCCUCCGUGCCUUCCAGCAAGGGCAGCAGCAGUGGCAGCAGCAGCGGCAGCAGCAGCUCCUCCAGCGACUCGGAGAGCAGCUCUGGAUCCGACUCGGAGACCGAGAGCAGUUCCAGCGAGAGCGAGGGCAGCAAGGCCGCCCACUACUCCAGCCCCGAGGCCGAGCCGGCAUCCUCUAACAAGUGGCAGCUGGAUAAGUGGCUCAACAAAGUCAAUUCCCACAAGCCUCCCAUACUGGUCCAGAAUGAAAGCCAUGGACCCGAGAGUGGCCAGUACUACCCCCCGGUGAAAGACGAGGCGCAGGACUGUGGGAAGCUCUCAGAGGUGUGCCCAGCCAGCCUGAGAGACAAGGAGAGCAAGAGCACCUGCAAGGAGGAGCAGAGGCCAAGGACAGCCAACAAGGCGCCUGGGAACAAAGGAGUCAAGCAGAAGUCCCCACCAGCAGCUGCAGCAGCGGCUGUGACCGUGACCACAGCUGCCCCACCGCCGGCAGCUCCCAGCACCCCAGUGGACAGCACGCCAGCACCCACCCGCAGAUCCACGGGCAAGAAACCCACACGGCGCACAGAGAGGACCUCAGCUGGAGACAGCACCAACUGCCACCGCCCCGAGGAGCCCGUGGCUGUAGACUCGCUGGGGACAAGCUUGGUGGUGCCCCCAGAGUCUACCAAAGCCAGGCCCUGUGGCAACAGCAGAACAGGCCACCGCAAGGAACCGCGCUCCUCUGUGACCUUCGAGAAGAGGCGCACACGGGGGCUGAGCAGAAUCAUCCCCAAAUCCAAGGAGUUCAUUGAGACAGAGUCGUCCUCAUCCUCCUCCUCUGACUCAGACUUGGAAUCGGAGCAGGAGGAGUACCCUCUGUCCAAAGUGCAGACUGUGGCCACCUCUUCCUCCUCUUCCUCCUCCUCCUCCACUUCCUCCUCGUCCUCCUCCUCCUCUUCAUCCUCUUCCUCCUCUUCCUCCUCUUCUUCCUCCUCAUCCUCCUCUGCAAGUGACCAGAGGCUAAAGGAAGCAGCCAACAGCAUCAGUGCCGGUGGCGGAGCCCGGGCCCCUGUGGGCUCCAUCAACGCCAGGACUACCAGUGACAUCGCCAAGGAGCUGGAGGAACAGUUCUACACGCUGGUCCCCUUUGGCCGCAACGAACUGCUGUCCCCUUUGAAGGAUACUGAUGAGGUCAGGUCUCUCUGGGUCAAAAUUGACCUGACCCUCCUGUCCAGGAUUCCAGAGCACCUGCCCCAGGAGCCAGGAAUCUUGAAUGCCCCUGCAGCCAAGGACCCAGAGAGCACGCUGCCAGCAUUGGACACACCCCCUGAAAAGACUCUGCCAAAAUCCAAGAGGAAACGCAAGUGUGACAACGAAGACGACUAUCGGGAGGCAAAGAGAGCCCAGGGAGAGAAAGAGAGCUCCUCGCGACUGAGUGCCUCCACCAGUGCCACUUUGUCUGUGAACCACUGCGCCAUGAACAUCAACAGUUUGGCAAUACCAAUACAUAAAAAUGAGAAAAUGCUCCGGUCGCCCAUCUCACCUGUCUCCGAUGCAUCGAAACACAAAUAUGCUAGUGAGGACUUGACUUCCUCCGGCCGCCCACAUGGCAACAGCGUGCUCACGUCUGCCUCUUCCAACAAGAAGCCCAAGGCUGACAGCCAGCUCCAGUCGCAUGCCACAGACCUCACGAAAGCAGCUCACAGCUCUGAAAACAUCCUCCUCCACAACAAGGCACGGCCGCAGACCGAGCCCUGGUCCCCAGGAUCUAACGGCCACAGGGAAUGCAAGCGGCAGAAGCUCAUCUUUGAUGACAUGCCUCGCAGUGCGGAUUAUUUUAUGCAAGAAGCUAAACGGAUGAAACAUAAAGCAGACGCAAUGGUGGAAAAGUUUGGGAAGGCCCUGAACUAUGCCGAAGCAGCCUUGUCGUUUAUCGAGUGUGGAAAUGCGAUGGAGCAAGGCCCCAUGGAGUCCAAAUCCCCCUACACCAUGUACUCAGAAACAGUGGAGCUCAUCAGGUAUGCUAUGAGACUAAAAACCCACUCAGGCCCCAACGCCACUCCGGAGGACAAGCAGCUGGCUGCAUUGUGUUAUCGCUGUCUGGCUCUCCUGUACUGGCGGAUGUUUCGCCUUAAAAGGGACCAUGCUGUCAAGUAUUCGAAAGCGCUCAUCGACUACUUCAAGAAUUCAUCGAAAGCUGCCCAGGCCCCGUCCCCGUGGGGGUCCAGUGGAAAGAGCACUGGAACCCCAUCCCCCAUGUCUCCCAACCCCUCUCCCACCAGCUCCGUGGGGUCUCAGGGCAGCCUGUCCAGCGCCAGCGCCCUGUCCCCGUCAACCAUCAUCAGCAUCCCACAGCGCAUCCACCAGAUGGCAGCCAAUCACGUCAGCAUCACCAACAGCAUCCUGCACAGCUACGACUACUGGGAGAUGGCCGACAACUUGGCCAAGGAGAACAGAGAAUUCUUCAACGACCUGGAUCUGCUCAUGGGGCCUGUCACCCUGCACAGCAGCAUGGAGCACCUGGUCCAGUAUUCCCAGCAGGGCCUGCACUGGCUUCGGAACAGCACCCACCUGGCGUAGGGCCCUCACCCGGGAGCCGGACUGGGCUCUCGCCCGCCCCCCACGGACAGCUCACUGUUUCUGGACACUGUGCUACUGAAAUUCGCAGCCACAGCAGUUAAUCAAGUGGUGGUGAACAUUUCCUCAGCAUCAAGCAGCAGUUCCCCCCUCCCCAGGGCAUGCGUGUUUGUAUAUGCAGGUGUGCAAGAAGGUGUGUGUGUGUGUGUGUGUGUGUGUGUGUGUGUGUGUGUGUAAGACACGGCUCUCCCACACUCUGUCUAGUUGUUGUAACCUCAGGCUAGACAAGGGAAUCAGAGGUAGCUGAUGGAAGGAAGUCUACCCAUGCACACAUGCACACGGUCACAAAUACACACCUUCUGUUCCAGUGCUGAACCAUUACUUCUUAGAAGUUCAACCAAAAUCCCAUGGUUAGGCAACCAGGUGCAAUACGGCACACCCAGAGCUUGAGCGCCACUUCAGACAGAGCUAGCUCUUAGGCUGUAAAUUACUUUCAGUGUUAAUAUGCUAUUUCCCCCAAUUUCUUUGAUUGGCCUGUAUUUGUGGGUAAUGGAAUAAUGAAAACAGUUGGUUAUUUUGAUGCCAGACAUUUACAGGGUUGCAUGUGCCCAAACACCCCACCCUUCUCAUAACCAUUCCUCCCCCUUAGUCCCACAUCAUCGUUGGCUCCAAACAAUCAAGUGAUCUAAUCCACAGCCUUCCCCGCCCCAGCCCAGACUAGUAGAGAAAUGACCCCAGGAUUGGAUAAACACUCAGCGUCAUUAGAAGUUGAGCAAACGUGAAAGCAGUGCGGACUCAGGAAGUGCAGGCUUCUGCACCUGUCACAGCAAGCCCUCCAGGCAUAAGCCCCGCCUCCCUCCUGCCAGUGGACUCACUCAGUGGCUGGAAAGCCAUGUGUGGUCUGCAAGCCAACAUAUUAGCAGUCUUCCCAUGUCUCCGACAGCUUUCUUACCAAUUUCCUUGGCCAAAUGUGGACAUGACCCAGGGUGUCCCUUCGCUAGGCGCCUGUGUCUGUCUCCCAUCAGACCAAGUGCUAAUCGCUGUCCUAAUGCCACGUGCCUCCCUCACUCCCCCUGCAGGUUGUGCCUCAGCAGGCCUUUGAUGCAUUUGGGCUUGAGGGCUAUUUUUCAGGCUUUGCUAAGCAAGCUGCUUGCAGUACAGGGGAAAUUAUUCCUACAGUGAGUGCAGUUCUGUUUGGGGGAGCAGGAACCAGUGUGUCUUGCUUAUCUCAUAUGCAUCCGAUCUGUUUACCCCUCCCUUCCUUCUGUUCUUUUUUAUGAUUAUUAAGUAAGUUUACAUUUUACUUUUUUGAUAUCUUGUUUACAUUUUUUGUCUGAAGUUUCUUUCUUUUAUAAUGUCUUGUCAUACCCUAGAUUUAGUCUUGUUAAAUGUUAUUUUGAUGUAAAAUAGUCACUUAAAAUGACUUCCCAGUAGAGGGUGUAUGUUACCACACUUUAAAACCAGAAAUAAUGUCCUUGAGGCCUCUUACUUGACAAAAUUGCACCAGGAUGGUCUGAGAAAGACAUUGUGUGGGGCCAGCCACUUUCCAAGGCACUCGUGAUGCAUAAUGUGUGUUUUCACUGAUUGAGGUUUGUUUGCAGUGUUAACAUUUUGGUCAGCUUGAUCUGUGGGUGGAAAAUACAAUCGCCACCAUUCACUAGUUUUAAGCACUGAUUAAAAACUAUAUUAAUGAUUGAACCACUUUGGUAAUUUGAAGUUAAUUGAAAACUGAGCGAGUAAAGGGCUAUGAAACUGG